GCGUCGAUUGAACGCCAAUUGGGGAGGGAAAAGGGAUGGCCAUAAGCCGAUGUGUCGUUUUUAAUCAUUCACUUCUUCACUAUCAUCGUCGUCCUCCUUCACUUUUCUCAUCUGCUCUGCGUUCGACCUCGUCAUCCAUGGAAGCUCCUCCCGAAGGUUACCGCAGAAACGUUGGCAUUUGCCUCAUCAAUUCUUCUAAGAAGAUUUUUGCUGCCUCAAGGUUGGAUAUACCAGAUGCUUGGCAAAUGCCACAGGGCGGCGUGGAUGAGGGUGAAGAUCCAAGAAGUGCAGCCAUCAGAGAACUUAGAGAAGAAACAGGAGUCAGAUCCGCAGAGAUUAUUGCUGAAGUACCUUAUUGGCUGACUUAUGACUUCCCACCACAUGUCCGGGAAAAACUUCGACAUCAGUGGGGUUCUGACUGGAAGGGUCAAGCGCAGAAGUGGUUUCUGCUGAAGUUGACCGGAAGCGACGAAGAGAUCAAUCUCUUAGGUGAUGGGACUGAGAAACCCGAGUUCGGCGAAUGGUCAUGGAUGUCACCCGAACAAGUAGUCGAACGUGCUGUAGAUUUCAAGAAACCUGUUUACAAAGACGUUCUAACGGUAUUCAAACCCCAUCUCGAGUAAUUUUAUUCUCUACUACAAAUAUUUAUACUUGUCCCUUUCAAUAAUGUUGGUUUAAUUCUUUAGUUGAAUGAACUUAAGUAAAAUAAAAACAUGUCACAAGCUUGAUUGGGGAAGUAGUCUUCCUUCUUGAAUGAUGGUUGGUUACAGGGUUGUGCUCUUGGAAUGAGAUUAUUGCAAAUAAGUUCAUGAAGAAUGCUCUUAUAUAUUUGAGAAUAAUUCAUGUUUUCUUCAAUGGGAACAAGAUUUUAUACAGGUUUGAA